GAAAAAAAAAACAUAAAUAUAACACACGCCUUUAAUUUUCUCUCGUUUUCUCUGAACUCAACCCUCUAUUUACGGAACUCUCUCUAUCACACUGCCGGCCGGCGAUUUUCCAUCUCCGGCGCUGAAAUUCACCGACGAACAUCUUCAACCACAACCACAGUGUGGUGUAGAGAUACGUACAUACAUAAAGACAUGUUUGGGAGAGCAAUUUUAAAGCGCAGCAAAGAAGUGCUUCUGAUUCAGAAGCAGCUCAGAGGGAGCAGCAGAAUCAUCCCUUUCUCUCAUCCUUCCACCCAUCAAUCAUUCAAGUUUCUUACCCCUUCCAUUUCCUCCCAUUUCUUUCGUGCUUUCCGAUCUCAUCCUAUUCCUAAGUUCACGAGGAACUUCUCUAGUGUGGUGUCUGCCGGGGCCAAACAUAAGGAGGGGUUGAAGUUGCUUGUGACAGGAGGUUCUCAUGCCCAAAAGGUGGUUGGGAUUUGGCUCUUUGGAUCGGCUGCAUGGGUGUUUAGCAUGGUGGUACUUGGGGGUUUAACCAGACUAACUAGAUCCGGUCUUUCAAUGACUGAUUGGAAAUUCACGGGUGAGUUCCCUCCUUUGUCAGAUGAGGCGUGGUUUCAAGAGUUUGAGAAAUAUCAACAGUCACCUGAAUACAAGCGUGUUAACAAAGGGAUGACGAUUGAAGAAUUCAAGUUCAUAUAUUGGAUGGAAUAUGGUCACCGUAUGUGGGGGAGAGCACUGGGAAUUAUGUUUGCUUUACCGUUUUCAUAUUUUCUUCAUAAGGGGUAUAUUACAUUGAGAUUAGGACUGAGACUCUCUUCUUUGUUUGCCCUUGGUGCUGGUCAGGGUCUCAUUGGCUGGUGGAUGGUUAAAAGUGGUUUAGAGGAACCCCCAACUGAAUAUUCUCAGCCAAGAGUAAGCCCUUACCGUCUUGCCGCUCACCUUACAUCAGCAUUUGCUAUUUACUGCGGUCUGUUUUGGACUGCACUUAAUGUUGUUAUGCCUGAGCCUCCUGCCGAAUCACUGACAUGGGUCCGUGGGGCAGCUAAAGUGAGGAGACUUGCAUUGCCAGUCAGCCUACUUGUUGGUCUUACUGCUGUCUCUGGUGCAUUUGUUGCAGGAAAUGAUGCUGGGCAUGCAUUUAAUACUUUUCCGAAGAUGGGUGAUACAUGGAUCCCUGAAGACAUUCUUGAAAUGAAACCUCUGAUUCGAAAUUUCUUUGAGAAUACAGCGACUGUACAGCUCAAUCACCGGAUCCUUGCAACUGCAACUCUAAUUUCUGUGAGUGCCUUAUGGUUGUCAACAAGAAAACUGGACAUACAUCCUGCAGUACGGUCUGUGAUCGGAAGCGUCUUUGGCAUGGCAUCUCUUCAGGUCACCUUGGGAGUUUCGACGCUUCUUUCAUAUGUACCUGUUUCAUUGGGUACUGCACAUCAGGCUGGGGCCUUAACACUUCUGACGUUUAUGUUACUGCUUAAUCACACGGUUCGAAGGCCGUCCUUAGCCCUUCUCAAAUCUCUGCCUCAGGUUGUCAAGGCAAACUAAUUUACAAGAGUUGAAACUAUUAUUAUUCUACUAUUAUUAUUCUCAGGUUAAGCCUGGCAUUGAAGCUCCUUGUCCAAUUGGCGAUUUUCGGAAUCUUCUUUAUUUAGUUUGUACAUUUGAAGCCUGAAAAUUUAUGAUGAUACUUAAUAAUUGAUCUGUUAAUACUUGAUAAUAUCAUCUGUUAUUUAUGUAACUGAUGCUGAAAAUUUGUGCAACUAAUCAUAAUGUUAAGUUAUACAUUUCCAAGGCACAAA